UUUUUAAUUUUAAAUUGUCAAUUACAGAAAGAGAGCUUUACUCAAUCGAAUCAUUAGAAACCAUGGCAAUGGAGCUUAGCGAAGCUUCUUCUUCCACCAAUCCUCUCCUUCUUCGUCUUCAAGAAUUUCUAUCUUCUUGCUCUCAAGCAAUUAUAAUUGGAGAUGGAAGCUCAGUGUCAAACCUAGUCAACUUCCUCGAAACAGUUUCCAGUUCUGCAUCAGCUAACUCUGAUGAUCAAGAAGCCCACAACAAUGCAUUGCAAAUUCUUUCUGAAAUCCAUAGAUUUUUGCUUUGUCCUUCUUUAGACCAGGAGGUUAUUGAUGCACUUUCAUUUGAUUUGCCUAAAGCUACUUCAAAAUUUGCAGGCUUGUCAGGUAAGUGCUUGGAGAUUGCUGAUAGGAUCAUUGAUCGUUUUAUAGAAACAUGUAGUCCACGUGACAUGCUUUCAGUUCUAUGUGAGGCAUUGGGUUCCAGAGAUAGGCCAGCUUAUGCAUCUGGUUAUGUUGCUUCUCUUCUAAGUGGGCUCUCGAAAGUGUUCCUUUCUAUACAGAGGCGUCAUUAUGAGCAAGUAAAAGUAGCAAUUCCUGUUAUCCUCAAUGUGCUACAGGCUACAACUUCAGAAUUGGACGAUGAAGAUAAUGAAUGUAUAAAUUUGUUUUCCAGAGCUUUAGGCAUUGCCGAUUCUGUGCAGACAGUUUGUGCAAAAUUGGAGGGCAUAGUUAAAGAAAAGCUUUGUGCUCUACUUGCUUUAUAUGUAUUACAAAUCAUGGCUCUUCUUUCCCUGAAGGAAGGAGGUGAAAAUUCAAGCUAUCUGCACCUGGUUUCACAGCUUUCUAUGUUCUUCUCAUAUUGUGGUUUAUCAUAUCUUGGUUUAAUUACUGGAUCUGAUAUUGAUAUGAAGAUGAAUAUUGUUGUUGAAGAGAACGACGAUGAUUGUAGGAGUUGUUUACCCUACAUCAAACAUGGAGCAUCUCUUUCAGUGAUCUGGGGUCAUAUAGAUGAAGAUGUUUCUCAGGCUGCUAGGGAAAACAUGUCAGCUGUUAAGGCUGAGUUACAAAAUAAGCAAACUAACAGGUGGCAGGCAGUGGGAAUGUUAAAGCACAUACUUGCAUCUACCACUAUGCCUUGGGAAUUAAAGAAACACGCUAUUAACUUCUUGCUUUGCAUUACUACUGGAAGUGGCACACAGAGUGAUGAGCGCACUGACUGCUCUAUUUAUUUGCCUAGCCUCUGUGCUACUUUGCAGGCCAUUACAAUGGUUAUCAUAUAUGCUCCAAAUACUGAGUUGAGGAAGAAUGCCUUUGAGGCAUUGAAGAGGGUACUUGCUGAUAUUCCAAGUACUGAGAGGUUUGAUAUUUUAAAAACUUUGGUUACAAAUAGUGACUCUUCCUCUAUGAUUGCAAUUCUUUUAGAUCUGGUCAGAGGUGAGUUGCACAUGGAAAAUCGCCAAAAAACAUUAUUAAGGAAAGAUGAAGAUCUGCAACCAGAAAGCCAAAGGAGCUCAGUUGCAUCACUAUGGACUGCUGGAGUGCUCGAAUUGGUGGAGUUUGUUUUGAGGCCUCCAGAGGGCGGACCUCCUCGCUUUCCGGAGAAUGGAGAUGCGGUUCUAGCUGCGCUCAACCUGUACAGAUUUAUUUUGAUAACAGAAUCAGCAGGAAAAACCAACUUUACUGGAGCACUGUCGAGGAACAAUUUACAGCAGGCAUACAGUCAAUGGUUUUUGCCUCUUAGAAGCGUGGUGACUGGAAUUUUGGCAGAGAACAAGAAUGAUCAUGAUCAAUUUGCAAUCAACACAGUUUGUGCCCUUAACCCAGUUGAGUUAGUUUUAUACCGCUGUAUUGAGCUUGUUGAAGAGAAACUAAAGCAUUCGAGGUAAAAAUUGUUGUGACCUUUGCAUCCAGAAUUCAUGCAUCAGAUGCUCUGAUGCUCAAUUAAUCAAACAGUAGCAGGAAGGCAGAUGGUAUACUUGCCAGCUUUAGUCCUUCACGUCUCUUUGGCUGUACUUUAGAGAAGAGAAUAUCCAUAAUUUGUUUGAUGUUUAAGGUUGGAGUGUGACAUUUUCACAGCAGAGAAAAUGCAGCCGUUUUCGACCAAUUCAUACUUCAAAUUCAAAUAAAUUCGUUCAAGUA